AUGGACGCUUACACUAACGGCCAACCGUGGCUUACUUAUGGAUUGGUAGGCAGAAAGCACUGCUUAUCGCUAGGCCGAUUAUCUCAUCCGGACAAGCGCAUGCGACAAGAGCUGGAUUGCAAUCUCCAAGCGGCCAGCAGACCAAAUCUGAAUCUGGCUAAUCCUCCGAAUGCAGAUAUGCUGAGUCAAAGCCUUUUUGAUCAGCGCGAAACUCAGAUCAGCCAUGGAGCCUGUCUCUCAAUCCCUUCAGAGGCAAACAACACCAACGCCUGGAUCGACUUGAGAAUGUAG